CAACCUUCCCAGCUGGGCUCAGACAAAGCGGAGAGGGUGAUGGUAGCAGAAGAGGCGCGUCGACCGCCGGAGAGCUGCUGCCGCCGCUACCGCCGCUGACCGGGACUGAGAAGAUGUCCGUGGACGAGGUGUACGUGUUCCGGCCCUUCAAGCUGAUCGCGCUGCUCUGCGUCUUCCUGGCGCUGUGCCUGGACGUGGUGGCUCUGCUGAGUCCAGCCUGGGUCACCGCCGAGCAUUUCUCCCUGUCUCUCUGGGAGUCCUGCUCCCAGUCCGAGGCGCGGCGAGCCGCGGAGGAGGCUGCGUGGAGCUGCUUCUCCACCCUCACGUCUGACUGGCAGAUCGCCACCCUGGUGCUCCUGGGGGCCGGCGCCAUCGCGACUCUGGUGGCAUUUCUGGUGGCCCUCAUUUCCCUCUGCUGGGGUACGAAGAGGCAGCACUACCGCAUUGUGGCGAUGUUCCUCUUCACUGCAGUUGUUUUGCAGGCCUGUGCCCUGGUGCUCUACCCAAUCAAGUUUAUUGACGGAACGGUUCUACAGACCUAUCACGAGUUCAACUGGGGCUACGGACUCGGCUGGGGAGCCACCAUUUUCAUGCUGGGCGGAGGGAUACUCUUCUGCCUGCGGACGGACAUUUACGAGGAUGCCAUGUAUUAGUGAAAUCCCUGCCGCGCUGCUGAAAAUGCAAACAUAAACCCACAGAAACUUCUUUUUGCGCUGCACAGGGCCUGUACGUCAGCAGAGCCCAUGUCUUGUUUCUGCCUCCUGUCUUGCUCUUGCUGUUAUUUUUAGACAGGUUGUGAAGGUGCUAUUUAGGGCCAGGGCUGUGGGAGUGGAUCUCCACCUCCACCCUGCAGUCACACUCAGCUGCCGGUGGCGUUUGGUGGAGGGGGCGAAGUGGCAACACUAAAGCACAGAGUUUUCCGGACUGGCUUGGGCUGCUGGACGUUUCCAGGAUGUUUAUUGUUAGAAAUGACCUGAAUGUGCCGGGGCUGACUAAUCACCAGGACUGACUGACCUCCACAUUUCUUUUUUUUUAUUAUUUUAUUUUUAUAGUGUAUUUAUGGCAUAAUUCUCUUUCUUUCCAGAUAUUCAGUGUAAAUUUCCCCUCUUAAAUUAAAGCAUAUCUAAUAAGUGUAAAUUAGACAUUUUUUUAUAGAUGUGUAGCCUCUGAAAAACAGUCACAGUAGUUUGUCCCAUAAACUCUACAAUACAAAUAUUUCUAUGUGUUUUGUUUGACAUAUUUUUUUACAAACUGUCAUAACUGUACACCACAGAAACAAAAAUACAAACCAGUUUGAAGCAUAAUAUUGCAUUAACAAAAGGACAUUUUCAGUCAGACUCAUUUUUUUAUGCAUUAAUAGACAAAUCCCUACAUUUUAAGAAUGUCAACAAAACCAAAAACUGCAGGAGGAAAAUCCUGGACCAGAAAACAUUUUUAAAGUCUUAAUUGUAUCAUGAUUACAGGCCAUAGUCUCCCCUUCAUCUCUUUUUAUUAUUAUUGUUUUUAUCUCGGCUCUCUCUCUCUCUGACUGCUGCCUAUGGACUCCUGUUUAUCAGAGCUGAAACUAAGACAUCAACAGUCCCACAAUGCAAUGCGGUUUGAUGUCUGCGCUCAUUCCCAUGACUAUUUCAGUUAACAUCUUAAAUGUGGCACUUUAAAAAAAAAAAAAGGUUUGUCCUUCAAAUUCUUAAAAGUGUGCAAAGCAGUUCUAAGUUAUUAUAUCUGGUUGCCAGCAUGAAGUCCAGGCUGCUAGCUGAUGAGUGAAAUUCAUUGAAUCAUGCUUCACUACAUGACACAUUUGACAUAUGUUUGUAGUUUGAGAGUUUACACAAACUCUCAUUUUGUGUAUCUUCAUCCCUCUGUCUAGUGUAAACUUCCUAACUUUGUUAAUACAGGUUCUUUAAAACAAAAAACAAGGAAUUGAGAUAUUUCAGUUGUAACUAAACCAGUGAUUGUUUAGCUUCACCUUGGUUCACCUGAAAGCUCUUUACUGGCAGUUCAAGUAUAAGGAGCCGUUGCAGCAGGUACAUAAAUAAAACGAGGCCUUGACUCCGGUGGACGGCUCUGCUGCAGACUAAACAGCCACCGAACCACCAUCAUUAUCUGGAACACAUUCCUCAGAGGAAGGCGGAAGCUAUUUAAAGAGGCUCCAACGGGGCUGCGAGCUAGCAAUGUAGCUACAUGGAACAUUUUAAUGUUCAGUACCUCAUUUUACUGCAUUUUAACAAUUUACUCAUAAAUUUAGGAUGGAAAAUUGUUUCUUAAACAGCAUUUAACAAAGUCACUGAAAAUAAAUCCCUUUUUAUUGCUGUGCUUUAAUAACAAUAAUAGCAAAAUCUAGAUUUAUUUUAUGGUCUAACUGUUGUAUUCACAGCCAAAUAGACUUUAAAUGGAAACUGGAGGAAAAUAAACAAUAUAAAAACAAACAAACAAAAAUAACCAAGAAAGAAGUGGCAACAAUUUAUCCAGAAGUUAAUACAAAUGAAGCACUAUUAUUAUUAUAAUUAUCAUUAUUCUUUAAAAAAAAAACAAAGAAAGUAUCAUCCAAAAACCAGAAUAUAUAGGAAAACAAAAAAAAGCCUAAUUUAUGAUUAGGUGUCCAAUAAAUGUAUACAGGUUAGGUGAGUAGUUUUUGUUGUGACUAAUUCAUGACAUGAGUAUUAACACACAUCUUUCUUGUUGGAAUAUAUUCUCUUGGAUGCUCAUUUAGAAGAGAAAAUGGGCGUCUGUCAUGUAUUUAUACCCCAAGAGAAAAGAAAAAAAUUAGAAAAAGUUACAUUCAAAAAUAGAAGGGGUGCAACUACAGCCAAGUUUGUAUGUUUGUUGUGACAUUACUGUAUUUCUACCCAAAUAAUUAAAGAUAUUUAGUUCAAAAGUU